UCCAGAAAAAGCUAUGGAAGACCUUGACAUUGACUUUGGCUCACUGGACUUUGAAUCACCCAAGACGUAAGGGGUGUAUACUUAGGUUUGUGCACGGCGAAACUGACACCAUAAUACAGCACCCGUCGCGAGCUCACGAGUACAGCUGUUCGAAAACCUACGACGAACGGCGGUUAUGCUGCCCGACGUGCUCGACGGUCGACUGUGGGAAUGAAUGCUACUACCCAUACAGCCCCUGGAAACACUGACUGCGGGCCAUAUACACAGCAUUCAUCGGCCCUUAUAUCGAGUGGGACUGGUCUGACGUCUGUUAGUCGGAGGAAAACGAGCACGGUGACGCAUGGUCGACGAAGAAGGUACGGAGCUGAGAGGACGAUGACUGUGGAUGAGUUCCUGAAAGAGGUUGCGCCGGUGACGAGGGCGUUGAGGGUGAGGAAGGCACCGGUGAAGAAGGCUCAGCCGUUGUUCUUUGACUCGGAGGAGUCGGAGGAAGCGAGUGAAGGGGAAGAAGAGGAUGAGGAGGAACAUACAACCUUUAGCACGACUACCUCAAAGAAACUCAGUUCUCGUGGGAAACAAGCCCAACAGAAGGUCGAAACACGAACAACUAGGAAUGAACGUACACGUGUGCCUAUGGCAUUGAGGAUGAAAACUGCGCAGCCAGGGUGUGAAAGUGCAAUGUUGGCACGGAAAAUGUCACAGCUGAGGCGUGGAAAGCGAUUGAAGGCGGCUACUAUAUACUUGUCACUCACAGAGGACUUCGCGCCGAUCUCUCCAAAACCAACAACACCGCCUGUCGCGGAUGCUGAUAUCUCAGCCACAUCCAAUGAUGCAGACUCUCGCAAGCAAAAGUCCAAAACUAAAGGUAAAACCAAGAAGAAAGGUCCGACGAAAACCAAACGCCGUGCGAAACCCCUCGACACUACAUCACUCGCCAACAUCGACGACCUACUCCGACCAUCUACCCCCAUUCAGAUUGAAGAAGACCUCACAACGGACCCAAUUCUCAACGCACUACCAGUCGAAGAGGUUAUCCCCUGCAAUGGUGUUGUUACUCCCGCAUCGACGGUGGAAAAGAAGCGUAUGCUGCCUCUCUCAUCGAUGCAUCUUGCCUUCGCAACGAUGAAACCAAAACCUCAAGCCCCACCUACGGUCACCAAAAAGGCAGGGCAUGGUUUCACGGCCUGGGGUGGAGUGAGCAGACUCGGUUCAGGGUUCGUCGGGUGUCCAAGCCCUCCGCCUCGAGAGAAGGAGCGUGGAGGAGGACUAGAGUUGGUGAGUUCAGAUGUUGCAAUGGAGAUACGCAGAGGUGGGGGCCGUACGGAAAGGAGGGACACGUUCUUCACCACCGAAUCUCCGCCGGUCGCUGUGGAGUUAGAGGAAGGGAUCGUCUACUCCCCCGCGCCGAGUCCAAUUCCUGCACCUGUGCCCGAGACUCGGGAGGCAAGUCCACAAACCUCAGGGACACCAGUCUUCCAAGUGCACCGGGGCGCAGGGCGGUUUCGUGUUCAAGAGGAGAGCGACGAGCCAUCUGCUACGAGAAAGAUGUUCGAUGCGAUUGAGUGUCCUGCGCCGACAUUUGGUAGUUUGCCGACGCCUGUGGGACGAGUGGACGAGAUCGGAGGAAGAGGCAAGGAAGGUGAGGAAGAACAGGAUCUUGAGACGGUAUUUAAGACGUUGAGAGUGCCAGCCAGACCUGCGAGUGAUGAAGACAUGGGCGAGGAGACAUGUGACGCAGACGAUGAGGGUGAGGAUAUGGAAGAGGAGGAGCACGCAAGGAAACCUGCCCCUCUCACCAUGGGCAGGCUCAGCUCCGUCGCAAUUGGUCUACCGGUUCGAUUAUCAUCCAAGAAGAGGUUGAAUACGGAAGUCAGUUAUGUCGCCGAGUCAGAGAUGGAUGUAGAGGAAGUGAUGGAGGAUGCUGAGGUGGUUGGGGAAUCUUGUCUGAUCGGAGGAGAGGAAGAUGAGUCCUUGGCGUUUAAGAUGCCGGCUAGGAGGACAAGAUUGGCGAGGCGGGCGUCAAUGGCCAUAUCCCGUACCGUGUCACAAUACCAGACCAUGUCGUCCAGUGAUACCUUACAGCGCCUCGUUACUCGUGCGGCAAGUCCAGUGCCGGGGUUGAGGUUCCUUCCGCCCACACAUACGGGUGGGAGAAAGACGUCCAAUGUUAGUACAUCGCUGGGCUUCGUGCGUGCAACGGAAGUGCUGGAUACUGACGUGCAGGAGGAGAAUGUCGUAGGGGGGACGUCAGAUCCCAUUGUUUCGUCUGAUGGUGCAGUGGUAGGGGGGGUGAGGAGGAGUGUGGUCGAGAGUGAUCCUAUCUCGUCGACGUCAGGGGACAAUGUGGAGAUUAACGGCACUGAUGCGAUUGAGACAUCUUCGCCAGCUGCUCCCAUUUCCCUCUGUGCCACCGCCGUGGGUCGCAGGAAGACAUCCAUCGCACAACCGGAUACGGGUACGAAGAGACGCAUCAUCCUCGACGAUAUCGACACCUCUUCCUCGCCUAUUAAGAAACCUAACCUUUUUGUGAGUCGUGACUCUGUGGCUGCUGUGAUAUCUGAUCCGAUCUUCGUGAGGCCGGGACCGCCGAAGAGGUUGGGUAUUGGUAGGAUGAGGAGUUUGUCUGUUAUGAGGACGAUGAGUGAAGGGGGUGGGGUGAGGAGGGCUGUGACGGGCGUGAGUGGUCUGAAUGGUACCGGUGCGAGUGGGGUCGGGGAGAUAGGACCUCCAAUAUUGUCAGUGGGAAUGGUAAGGAGGCAGAGCGCUUCGAUGAUUCGUCCGGUUGAUGAUUUCAUCAUGGAAGGGGCGGAGAGAGAGGACAGGGAUGAUCCGAUCGACAGCUCCGGUCCGGGUUCUUCGAUGGUAUGUUUGUCGUCGCCGGUGAGGAUGCUCGAGGCACCUGUCCCAUCUCUCGCAACGACAACGAUGACUACGCCUACGAGAAAGACGCUUGGCAUUAGGAGGCAGUCUACGACGGGAUUCCGGCCCGUGCCGUACUUCAAGUCGGUGGAUCAGCCGACACCACGCUCCCAAGUACAGGAGAGAAAUAGUGUGUGCAGGACCAUGACGCAGGUAUCACCAUUGAGUUCGGGUGGAUUGAGACCUGGAUUGGCGAGGACUAGUACGAGCGUGCAGAGGCCGAGAGCUAGGACGUUGUCAGUGAGUGUCAGAGGGAAGCUUACGGAACUGGAAGUUAUUACGACCGACAAGGAGAGCGUCACAGGAAAGGAGAGCAGCUUCCGCGAAGUCAGUGCAGCAUGGUAAACCUUAAUGUUAAUUGACUUUUAUAUACGACAUGAUGCGC